AUGGCGGAGGCAACUUCCUGGGAGAGCGCCAUCGUGGCCAUCGAAGGCCCCAGCAAGACCGUCUCUACGCAGCUGCGACUGCUCCCGUCUACGCCGCACAUCCUCAUCUUGCCCACCUUGGACACAUACAUGCCGACGACAGCGACAGCAUCAUCCUUUCUCGACGUCUACGACCCCGUCCACCACCUACGCCAGCUCAAUGCCGCCAUGAAGCGACGGCAUCGCGACGCCCAAGCCUUCCUGCGAGGGAGCAGCAGCAAUGCAUCGGAAAACCAAGAAAGCGGCAGCAGCACUCAGCGGCUUGUAUUUUUGGAAGGCGGCGCGGCAAGCGCCCAGGCACUCUGUCUCAAAGCCCUGAUGCACCACGAAACGGCCGGCGAUCGCGCAGCCGCCGAAGCCCGGCUGGCCCGACUCACCCGUCGUGGGCUCGCAGGUCUCUCACAGGCGGGAGACGAGGAAGAGCAGCGUGCCCGUUCCGCGCCAGUUUCUUACUCUGUCGCCGGGCACCUGGAAGAUGAUGCGCUGCUGGCGGUGGACCCAAUCACGCGGGCGAUGCGGGCCGCUGACGCGCUGGAUAGGCAGACGGCGAGCCUGCAAGUCUCCAACGAGUUGGAUCUUACAAUGCGCAGCCUUUGCCGCUCGUCAAGCCUGCCACUCCAAGAUUCAACUUCGGGACAGGAUGCAACGGCGCCGUCUGGGCAGUCAUCGUCGUUUGAUGAUGACGACGAUCAAAAUACACCCACAGCCACGGCGGAGCGGCCCGUCAAGUCUCCAGCCCCCAGCCAACGGCAUCGCUUCUCCGUUGUCCACUAUGAUCAGCAGGCAGAGAUGCCAUCCGUCUUUGGCUUCGACGACUUUCAUACAGGCCGGUCCGCCGUGUCGUCGUUGUCGACCUUGACGGCUGUCGAUAGCGAAUCUAAGCGGGAAAGCGCCGGGUAUCCCCGCCACCAUCGUCGGUUCGCCAGCAGCCCAAUUUCACCCGUGUCGGACGCGUUUAGCCUGCGCUCGUCGUUUGGCCAGGUAGAGUACGGCCGGGCCUCGCUUCUGGACAUGCGCAGCACUACGUCUGUGCGGCGGCCUUCAGGUGGCCGAGGCGGUAGCGUCCAAGCGGCGGUGGGUAGAGGCACCACCACGCAUAACCACACAACGCCAAAGCUGAACCAUAAUCACCACACUGCUGAUGCGCCCAAGCUCGGCCGCCCGUCCACCGUUGCUGAUGAAACAAGGCCACAUGAUUAUAAUAAUAAUGUCCCAGCCCACCACUUCCUUGGGAAGUCGGCGUCGGUAUUCAAUACUUCAUCAACAUCAUCACCAUCGUCGUCAUCAUCAACGUUGACGAUGACGACCGGCGGUAACACCACCGCCGUCGCGGCCAACAUGGCCUACCCUCUCGCCCGCGUCCCGUCAACCACCAGCCGGCCCAGGACCAUUGUCGUCAAGCGCUCCCGGCCUGUCAUUAAGCUGCAGCCCGUGCCUAGCACAAAGAGGCGUCGCUGGCAACAGGGCCGCUCGACCUACAUUGACGACGAUGGCAGUGACCACCCGUCAAAGAGCAAUCCAGUCGACGACAAUAACAAACAUGACAACAAUAACGACGACGACGACGACGACGACAACAACAACAACAACAGCGACUGCGAGCCCGUCUUCCCUCGCAUGGAGGACCUCGUCUUGUACCUUCGCUCUGACCUCACUCCCCAACCACUGCUCGAAUCUGCCCUCAACGCCAUGCGGGAGGAGUACAUGCGCAAUUCGAUGUCAUCGUCAGGCCGCUCCUCGCCUAGCACCAAGGAUAGCGGCAGCACUCGCAGUCGGGACUCGCUUGCCAACACUGAUGACGGCACUGCAGCACUCACGUCGCCGGAUGAAUCCUGCGGUGAGCAGGAGGUCACCACUGAGGUAGACCCCGCCGUCGACGAUGAUCAGGGAACGCCAAAGACGGCUGUCCAGAUGACCGUCCCCGUGGCGCUGCCCAGCAUGGACGACUACGACCCAUUCGCCUAUAUCAAUCCCGUGUAUGGGGCACCCUCUAGUGACAAGCCGUCGCCACAGCCGAGCGUCACCAUCCUGCAUCCUCCCACCCCGGCACAGACGCCGCCGCCUAAUGAGCCUACCGAGGCCGAGUCGACAGAGGUUGUUGUGCCCGAGGAGCAGGAGGAACAACCACAGCAACCAUCACAACAGCAAGAACUACCAGUUCAGCCGCAACAACAGCAGCCGGACACGGAAAAGGAAGUGAUUGAAGAACUUGACUGCAGCAUCGUCCAUGUCCCCAUUGAGCCCAAUCAGCCCCCAAUUGAGCUGCAGAACUCGAUCCGUGCCGUUCUCCGGCAGCACUAUCCGCUGACAUCAGCCCGCGGCACUCUCACGCCACCAUUCUCCCCUUCUCCUCCCCAUGUACCAGCAGCCGGCGACGACGGCGCUGAUGAUGGCAAUGACCUGUGGCGGCCGCUCUUCGGCCGCAAGGCGACAAGUAGCCUGCCUGCCGCCGUCGGCGCGGCUCGUGGACACCUACGUCACGCGCACAAGCAGGUUCUUGCCGUCGGCGUGCAGCCCGGCGUGCGACGCGAGUACGCGGCGCGCGUCAUUGGCCAAGUUGAGCGGUUCGGCACGGAACCAACCGGUUCCUCUCGCUGCGCGCGUCUGGACUUCCGGUAUCUCCUCGCCAAUACUAUGCAGGCCUUUGCGUCCACCGCAAGAACACCUCACAUGGCUGAGCGCCGCGAUACAAACCCCUUUAGCAGUCCGUCACUUCUCGCAGCGCUCAUGCUGCCGCACCUCGAGACGUACCUGGCCGUGCACGCCGAUGUACGCUUUCUAAUCCUCGAGUACCCCCCGGAGCACCUGCCCACUGUCGCCGCCAUGCAGCGACUCGCCGGCGCGGACCUGCUCAAGGUUGCGCAGAUUGUUGCUGACGACGCUGAUGCUGACGGGCGUCUGCAGCGGCCUGUCACGUCGCACGCCGCCCCCGAGGGAUCUAUCCGCAGCGGUGCAUCUUCCCGCCACUACUCGCAGCGGACGUCCUCUCUGAGCAGCAGCAGCAACAGUCGGCGGCGGUCCAUUAUCACCGCGGAGGUUGUUGGCGGCUCGGGCGACAGCUUUCUGCUCCCGGCGUCGGCGUCGGCCCGGGACAUCGCUGACUUUGUGACCGCCGUAUGGGACAUCUCCGUGCCGGAGCGCCGCCCUCGGUCUGCACGGCCAGACGUCGUGCCUUCUGGAACCGCCACUUGGCCGGCCACGCCUACCGCUGACAACUACAAUUCCUUACCUCUGGAGUCCUCGCAUGCACAGCAGCGACAACCCUCAGAGCUCGCCGUGGCUUCGCCACCCACGCCACAGGACUCGCCCGUUGGACGCAAGCCCAAGCCGACACAACUUCGCGUCAGCACACUCUCCGCAUUCCCUAAGCCGACGGGCCCUCAGAGCCCUCUCACGCCCGUCGCCAACAUGGGGUCGUCUGUGCUCGCACCAAGGUCGACCCAGGAGGUGACGCCGCCGCUGUCCGGCAAGCCCAAGAUGGACGAGUUCCGCCCGGCUUCUUCUCGACGCUCGCCUAGCCCCGAGGACGAGUAUCAUUACCACGCACCACAACCGCAGCCGCAGCACGUCGUGGCGCGCGUGAGUGCGGUCGGGACAAGCACGCUGCCACACCUCCGCCGGCAGCUCAGCAACAGCACCAUGCGCACGACCAACAGCAUUGUGUCGGCCGUAUCGCGCGCCUCCUCGACGCCGCACAUUGCCCACCUGCGAAAGGGUACUCUGACAGCAGCCAUGGCACCGCCUACACCAAGCCGACUAUAUGAUCCUGCGUCAUCCUCGUCCUCGCCGUUGCUCUCGUCCGCCUACCACCCUCAGAACCAACAACAGUACCAGCAGCAGUACCACCACAUGUCCCUGCUGACCCCGCCCACGCCACGUUUCCUCAACGCCUCCCCGUCGUCGCCGUCCGUGGCCGGCUCGACGCUACACAGUCGCGGUGGUAUCAUGGACGACGGUGCCUCGUCCAUCAUGACGUUUGACCCGGCUGAGGACAGCGACUACGACCAGGAAGAGCGCCGGCUCAUGCCCUUCUUCGGUAAGAAGCGGCGGCGCGCUAAGCCGGGCACGCAAAAGGCGCUGCGCGUGCUGGGCAUGAUGGCAUGA